GAUUUCCAAAGAACACUGAAAAGCACUCAGCACAUCCAGAAUUGCACCCUGAGGUGAAUUACAGAAAGUGACUCCCAGAGCAUCUUGGCUGUAUGAACUCUUGAGCUGUCAAGGGACUGAGAGGCUUAUGAAGAGGUUCUGUCAGGCAAAACAGUGCUUAGCAAAGACACCGAGGAGGAGGGAAAAGGAGAAAGGGAGGGAGAAAGAGCUGAAACACUAACAAACCAUGAGAUCUAUCCGAUCUUUUGCUAAUGAUGACCGCCAUGUUAUGGUGAAACAUUCAACCAUUUAUCCAUCUCCAGAGGAACUUGAAGCUGUCCAGAACAUGGUAUCAACAGUAGAAUGUGCCCUUAAACAUGUCUCUGACUGGAUGGAUGAAAAGAACAAGUCUACGAAAUGUGAGGGUGAUGCGGAAGCAAAGGAGGAAGGUGGAGAAAGCAAUGCCAAGGAUCAAGGUGGUCGGACGUUGUGUGGUGUUAUGAGAAUUGGCUUGGUUGCAAAGGGCUUGCUGAUAAAAGAUGAUAUGGAUCUGGAGCUGGUUCUCAUGUGCAAAGAAAAACCCACAAAGACCUUGUUAUGUAUAGUUAAAGACAAUCUCCCAGCUCAAAUUCAGAAACUUACAGAAGAGAAGUAUCUCGUGGAGGAGCAUGUAAAUGAGGCAGCUAUUCUUAUUCGUAACACAAAGGAGCCCAAGCUAACUUUGAAGGUGAUACUUACAUCCCCUCUCAUUCGAGAUGAAGCAGAGAAGAAGGAAGGAGUAGAUAAUGUUGCGAUGAAAGAUCCUCCGGACUUAUUGGACAGGCAGAAAUGCCUGGAGGCCUUGGCGUCUCUGCGGCACGCCAAAUGGUUUCAGGCCAGGGCAAAUGGACUAAAAUCAUGUGUAAUUGUCCUUCGUAUUCUGCGGGAUUUGUGCAACAGAGUCCCCACAUGGGCACCACUGAAAGGAUGGCCACUCGAGCUUAUAUGUGAAAAAUCUAUAGGUACUUGUAAUAGACCUUUGGGCGCUGGGGAAGCAUUGCGACGAGUGAUGGAGUGUUUGGCAUCUGGAAUUCUGCUUCCCGGAGGCCCUGGUCUGCAUGACCCCUGUGAACGGGAGCCAACAGAUGCUUUGUCUUAUAUGACAGUUCAGCAAAAAGAAGCCAUUACGCACAGUGCUCAGCAUGCCCUCAGAUUAUCAGCGUUUGGUCAGAUCUAUAAGGUUUUGGAAAUGGAUCCCCUCCCAUCAAAUAAGUCAUUUCAGAAAUAUUCCUGGUCAGUAACUGACAAAGAAGGUACAGGCUCAUCUGCUCUUAAGAGACCAUUUGAAGAUAGUGUUGGGGAUGAUAAAGAUCCAAAUAAAAAGAUGAAGCGUAAUCUGAGGAAAAUACUAGAUAGUAAAGCAAUAGAUCUCAUGAAUGCUCUGAUGAGGCUGAACCAAAUCAGGCCAGGGCUUCAGUAUAAGCUGCUGUCACAGUCUGGUCCAGUCCAUGCCCCAGUCUUCACAAUGUCUGUAGAUGUUGAUGGUACGACAUAUGAAGCAUCAGGACCUUCUAAGAAAACAGCCAAGCUCCAUGUGGCAGUGAAGGUUUUACAAGCGAUGGGGUAUCCAACUGGUUUUGAUGCAGAUGUGGAGUGUACGAGUUCUGAUGAAAAAUCAGAUACUGAAGGUAAAAAUGAAACAAUGUCUUCAAUCUCAAGCAAUAAUACUGGAAAUUCCACAGCUGACACCUCUGCUACCCUAGAGGUAAGAACUCAAGGUCCUAUACUCACAGCAAGUGGCAAAAACCCAGUGAUGGAGCUCAAUGAAAAAAGAAGAGGUCUGAAGUAUGAGCUCAUCUCUGAGACAGGUGGAAGCCAUGACAAGCGCUUUGUGAUGGAGGUAGAAGUGGAUGGGCAGAAGUUCAGAGGUGCAGGCCCAAACAAGAAAGUAGCAAAAGCAAGUGCUGCAUUAGCAGCACUUGAAAAACUGUUUUCUGGGCCUAAUGCAGCAAACAACAAGAAAAAGAAGAUUCUUCCUCAGACUAAAGGGGUUGUCAAUACAGCUGUUUCUGCAGCAGUCCAGGCUGUUCGAGGCAGAGGACGAGGUGCUUUAACACGAGGGGCAUUUGUUGGGGCAGCUGCUGCUACUGGAUAUAUAACACCAGGCUAUGGAGCACCGUAUGGGUAUAGUACAGCUGCACCAGCUUACGCCAUAUGCACUUGUAUAAAAUAAGCAGAAAUGUAGUGACUGUAAGCUGAGAUCGUGAUAUAAAAGGUAAGAGAAUUUAUUUUCAGCUUAAAGAAUAUUUUUAUUGCUUUUUUUCUAAAAAUCUCAUAUACCUGUGACAAUCUUGUAUAUGGCACUUUUUUAUUAUGUCUUGUUUAACUAAAUGUUUAAACAGGUAAUAUGUAGGUCUGAAUUCCAACUUUCUAUUUUCCAAGGCCACUUCAAAUACUCCAGUUUCAGUUAAAAAAGAAAGUAUUACUUAACACUUCUAAGAAAUUGUUUGGUUUUAUCAACAGACUGUUCUUCAAAUAUUCUUCUCUUGUGUAGCAUAAAAAGCUGUAUUGAUACUGCUGUGUGUCAGGCACUGCAUUUCUUGCAUACCUGUGGAAAACAUUUGGGCAGGUACCAAAGCCAUCCCAUGGUUUUAGGUACGUGGAAUAAAAAUGAGAAGUGGGAUGUGUGAUAUUAUCUAACUAAUACAGAGAGAAAUUAUUUCCCUAAACUAUUAAAGCUAAACUCCAAAUGAGGAAUGAGACUUUGAUGAUAUUACAGUUAAAAUCUGCAGAGAUCAAAUUACAUUAGGCCAAAUUAAUUCACGAAGCAGCCAGGUUUGCUUUCCUCUUGUGGGCGCAGUGGGAGGAGAGGAAGGCAGGCAGGCAGUGAUUUAACUCUGCAUGAAUAAUUUGCUUAGCUGUGGUUUUCUAAAGCUAGAAAUUAGGAUACAGCCAUCCAUAAAUAAUUCUUUUCAGUUCUGUAGUAAAUGUUUUAACAAAUAUUUUAAUUGGAUUAAAAUGGUUUUGGAUUAUGACCUAUGUGGUGCACAUGAUAUGUGUAGUUUUAAAAUACUAGGGUUUUUUUAAUUUGCCUUUAUAUAACCUUGCGUUAUGCAAAGUUGCAUAGUGCAGUACUGCACAAUUGCAGUACUUGCAGAACUUGAAGUUGCUGGAAACAACUCUUUUUC